AUGUCUCGAAGGAACUGGGGAUAUGUUCAACCCUACCUCACCAAGCUUAGGAGUUGGAUUAAUGGAAUGGGAAGACAUGAAAACCAUGAAAUAUGGGAGUUUGCCAACCAAGACUUGAAAUCUAUAUCUGAACUGCUGGGGGAUAAAAAAUAUUUCCUUGGUGAUGAUAUCUCAACAGUGGACUGUGUUCUUUUUGGUCAUCUGACACAGUUUAUGUACAUAAACAUAGGAUUCCCACAGAUGGAGUUUAUGUCCCGCGAGUGCAAGAAUGUGAUCAGUUUGGUUGAGAGAAUUAAGGUUUUUAUUCUUAAUUUAUAAUCCAAUAUAAGUGUUUCUUAUAUUGUUUUGU